AUGUCCGGCUCGACGAAACAACCCGAAACGUCUCGAGUGCGUCUCUCGGCGCGCGCUGAGGCUCUGGCUCGAGCGUUGCUCACAAAGCGGGACGUCUUAACGCCCACGCGCGCGCGAACGGCACCGCCGGCGACGGAAACGAGCGCGCGACGAACGAUGGACGCGCUCGCGAGGCUCGGGUUCAGACGAGACGACGCAGAACGAGGCGCGCUGGCGGUCGCGGCCGCGUCGCGAGGAGCGCUAUGCGACGAAGACGUCCUGGAUUGGUUGUGUCUGAACGUUUCGAACGCUCGCUUACCGCGCGCGUUGCGGACGGAGGAACGGGCGGAGCAUAGAUUAGACGGCGGCGAAGUCGUGGAAGCGACGGCGGCGAGAGCGGACGCGCCGGCGGUGGCGAGGCGGGACAUCGAGGCGGUGAACGAGGGGAUGAAACGGGUGGACGGCAAGAAGCAGAGUGAGAUAGCGCUCGACGAUAUCGGCGUGGAUAAAUCUUGGAUCGCGCGAUACGCCGAGUACGAAGAGAGCGACUCGGAGAGCGAUGAUGGUUACGAUUCGCUGGAGGAUUUUGGCCUAAGCGAAGAGGAGGCGGCGACGAAGCGCAUGAUGUGGAAUAAGCGGAGGGACUACGCGAAAAAUCCGCAAAGAGUGACCACAGAGUUUGUCGCCGAGCUCGCCGAGCUCAAGGCGCGCGCGAUCGAGGCGAAGAGGUGCAAGAAUAAGAAGGAACAGAAGGAUGUCGCCGAGUCCAUUCGCAGGCUGAAGCUCAUGGCAACAGAGCUUGGAAUGAAAGACGAAGAGAUCGAUCCACCGAAGGAGUUUACCGAGAAGAAGUCAGAGAAUAAUGUCAAUGGUGGUGCCGAGUGUGAGGAUGGUGUGCGUUCGAUACCGACGACGUCCACAUCAGAGGCUGCACCGGAGCCUCUGCGCGCACAAAGUGCCGAAUCGACGAGUAAUGCAAAUGACGAUUCAGACGACGAAGGAUUCGCUUUCGACGUGUUCGGAGACGGUGCGGAAGAAGUCAUCGGCGAUGGUGAAGAGGAUCUCAUCGAGACGCUCGUAAAGCAGUUGAGGUGCGAAUUGUUGUUUAGCGACGGCAAACGCGAGCCGACUGCGCAAACGAAAGGCGGAGCAAGCUCGAAAAAGACGAGCAAGGCUGACAAGGUGGAAGAGAUGACGCCAAAGAACAUGCUCACGCUGUUGGCGAAACGUGAGGGGUGGUUAGUGCCCCGUUUUGAGCGUGAUAAGAAGGCGGACGGUAUUCGUUACGUCGUCACAGUGGAACGCUCCUCUGGGCCAAAGUACAAGCGCAAACCGACGCUUGAAUGCUCGACGCGCGCUGAGGAUGAGCCGAGCGGAUCGGGUUGGGCGAGCAUCAACGACGCUCAAAACGGAUCGGCUCUUCGUGCGCUGUUUGAGGCGGCGUUUAGCGAAGACAACAAGAUCGUGCCCAAGGAACUCUCGCCCGAAAAUCAAGAGUUGUGGACGCGCUGGGCGAUUGAGUACCUCACGUCCGACAUGGCGAAAUCCAACGAGGCUGCUCAGGAUGAUUUCAUCAAUUCUUUGAUGAAAGUGAUCGAGUCCGCAGCUUCGGAAUCGGAACGCGGUGAUAGACGAGGCAUUUUCGACAGAGACUCAACGGAUCGAGACCGCGAGUCGAAAUCAAGGGAAGACCGCGGCUUUGUUAGCAAGUUGAACGUCCAUCACGCCGAGCUUAGCGAGAGACUCAAGUCGCAGCUCACGGCUAUUAAAGAAGAUUCGCAAUGGAAGAAAAUGUUCGAAAAGCGAUCUAAACUUCCCAUCUGCGCCCUGGCUCACGACCUUUUGGUCCAGUUACGUUCAAAUGACGCGAUUGUUGUUUGUGGUGAGACGGGCUGCGGUAAAACGACGCAAGUGCCACAGUUCUUACUGGACGACGCCAUCGAGCGGGGCCACGGUGGUGGCUGCAACAUCGUUUGCACGCAACCUCGUCGCGUUGCGGCGACGAGCAUCGCGGAGCGCGUGUCCAUUGAGAGGUGUGAAAAAAAUGGCGUGGGAGGCGCCGGAUCGCUUGUGGGUCAUCAUGUUCGAUUGGAUGCAAAAAUUACGAACUCAACUCGUCUGACUUUUUGCACCACUGGUAUCUUGCUGAGGCGCCUGCAAGGAGACAGAAUGCUCUCGGAUGUCACGCACGUUGUCGUGGACGAAGUGCACGAACGCUCGCUCGACGGUGACUUUCUGCUUACGCUACUCAGAGAUCUUCCGAGGCGUCGUCGCGAAGCGGGCUUACAACCAGUCAAACUGGUUUUAAUGUCCGCAACGCUGAACGCGGAGUUGUUCAGUGCCUACCUCGGCGGCGCACCUAUCAUUUCAGCGCCGGGACGAUCGUUUCCGGUUGACACUAUUCAUCUCGAACAAAUUUACGACACUUUGGACUACGUCAUCGAUCCCGACAAUCGUUCGUGCCGGCGGCCGAAGGGCAAGGCUGACCAGACGAUGAAAGCCAUCAAGGCUGGAGGCGGUGGAGACAGGCGUCGACAAAAUGAUCUCCUCGCGUCGUGGGGUGAGGAUGCGGCAUCAGAAUUCGGUGGGGAAGAAAAUCCAGAGAAUCCUGACUACGAGCCAAGCAAGUAUGAGCACUGCAAACGCAAGACGCGAUUAUCGCUGUCGCGUCUGGACGAAUCGGUAAUCGAUUACGACUUAAUCGAAGAACUGCUCGCGUAUGUCGACGAAACAACCGAUCACGGCGCUAUACUAGUAUUCUUACCGGGUAUAGGAGAAGUCACCAGUCUGGUGGAUCGACUCGCAGGCUCACCGAGAUUCAAGGAUGCGGUGCUUACACCGUUGCACUCUGCGUUGACGAACGCUGAACAGCGCGAGGCUUUUAGAGUCCCAAGAACGGGCGUUCGUAAAAUCGUCGUAGCCACGAACGUGGCCGAAACGUCGGUGACCAUCGAGGACAUAGUCGUCGUGAUCGACACGGGGCGCGUCAAGGAGCGACAGUGGGACCCGAGAAGAGGCAUGGCUUCGCUGGAGGAAGGAUGGGUCAGUCGCGCCGCGGCGAAGCAGCGCGCCGGACGCGCAGGUCGGGUUCGAGCCGGCAUGUGCUACGCACUGUUUACAUCACAUCGCGCGAACGUCUCGAUGCGACCGUUCCAAAUCCCGGAAAUGCAUCGCGCGCCACUCACGGAAGUCGUGUUGCAAAUUGCCAGUCUGGAUUUGCACAACGACGCAGCCGUCGUUCUCGGUAACGCCCCGGAACCCCCUAAGGAGGAAGCUAUCGCAGCUGCGAAAAAAACCCUUUCAGAAAUCGGUGCUUUCGAUGAGCUUGGCAGAUUGACAGCUCUAGGACGACAUCUCGCUGCGUUGCCGGUGGAUGCGAGAGUGGCGAAAAUGCUCCUCUUCGGAGUCAUUCUCAGAUGUCUCUCCCCAAUCCUGACCAUCGCGGCGACUCUGAGCUAUAAAUCUCCGUUCCAGUCUUCGAAGGCAUCGAAUAGCCAAGUCGAAGCCGCGAUGCGAGCGUUCGCGCAGCCAGCGUCGGACUCGCUCGCCGCUGGACAGCAAAGUGACCACAUCGUUUUCGCGGCGGCGUAUGAUGGUUACAUUACGGCGAGCAUGGAAGGCCGCAACGCGGCACGACGUUUCGCGCAAAAGAAUGCGCUCGACAUGGAUACGAUGAGACAAAUUGCAGAGAUGCGGACGCAGUACGCCGCUCUCCUCGCCGACAUGGGCAUCAUGAAGGUGCCCGCUGGCUUUUCUCUUCGAGGGAAAAAUACAAGUUGGUUGGAUGAUCCGAAAGCGGUUUGGAACAAAGAUGCGAGGCGUCCACAGAUGAUCAAAGCCGUCCUGACGGCGGGCCUGUACGCCAAUGUCGCCGUGGGUUCUGAUUCAUCGGAGCAUGAUUACGGCGAUUACACGUGGAAAGAUGCGACGUCUGAGGUGCGCGUGCAUCCUUCAAGUGUGAAUCGGGGAAUCGGUUCGGAUCGUAAGCCGUCGCAUCCAUUCAUGGUGUACCACGAAAAAAUGCGCACUGCGCGCGUGUAUUUGCGCGACUGCUCCGUUGUCGCACCAGAGGCGCUCCUCCUCUUCGGAGGGAAUCUCGAGGUGGAGCACGCAAACGCUCGUGUAUUGAUGGAUAACUGGAUCAGAUUUAAGUGCGACGCUCCGGUGGCGGUGUUAUUCAAGUACCUCCGCAUGGCGCUCGAUGACGACUUUGCUCGGCGCAUCAACUCCGGGACGACCGCGCGCUGGAACGAGGUCGACGACGACGAAGUCAUCGUCACCGUGCGCAAAAUUUUCGACGACCUAUAG